CGGACGACCAUGCUUCGCAAGACCGCCUCCACGCUCUGGACCCGGUUCGUGCCGGCGGCCAGGCAGGCCUACCCGGCCGCGGCGUCCUCCAUGAAAAGGCCCCGCUGGUUCUCCGCGACCACCGAGGACGGCGGCGAGGACGGCGGCGAGGACGUCGAGGAGUACGAAGACGAUGAAGAGGAAUGGGAAUACGACGAGCACGCGCCCCCGCUCAACCUGUUCGGCCUCCCCGCGCGGUACGCCUCCGCGGUGUACACCGCCGCGAGCAAGGAAGGCGUCUUGGAGAGAGUCCAGUCCGAGAUCAAGACGGUGCGCGCCCUCGGAACUCCUCCGACGCCGCGUCGCGGCGCCAACUCCGGAGCGAGCGAUCGACCUCGACGCGAGAGAAGCAAGCAAAACCUCGUCCGUCUCGAUUUCGUCGUCUGGUCUGUCUCCUUCUCCCCGCCCGCCUCCCUCCGCGCGUCUCUGACCCUCUCUUCUUGCCCCCCCCCUCUCUCCGUCCACGCGCAGCUCGUCGACGCGGCGAACACGGACGAGAAGUUUAGAAACUUCCUCUACGACCCGACGAUGCCCAAGGCGAAGAAGAUCGCCGGCAUCACCGAGUUUUGCGACGGCGCCGGGUUCGACAAGAUCACCAAGUCGUUCCUGUGCGUCACCGCGGAGAACGGGCGCCUGAAAGAGACAUCGAAGAUCCUCGGGUGCCUGGAAGAGUACUCUCUGAAAGCCGCGGGGCAGGUGAAGGCGACGGUCACGUCGGCGUUUCCGCUGAACGAAGAUCAGUUGACCAGGCUGACGGGGUUGAUCAAGAAGAAACUGGACGACCCGGAGGACGAGCUGACGGUGGAGACCAAGGUGGAUUCGAAGCUCGUCGGCGGGUUCACGGUGGCGAUGGGGGAGGAUUUCUACGAUCUCUCGCUCAUGACGCGGCUGCGGCACAUGGAGAACGAGCUCGCGAAGCCGCUUCGCUGAUUCUGAUUGAUUCGACCGGCGCGCGCGCGCGACGGACAGACGCGGUCUGAUGGAGGUCGAUGUAUAGUUUCGGACGACGCGAGAGCCCGCGGGGCGACAGUCGGACGAGACGGGAGGGAGAGAAGAGAACCCGCGAGGCGACGAGCGAGCGAGCGAGCGGGGUCUCGCGUGCUGUAUAACGUAAAGAUAGUGCCCACAGUAGGAGGCAUUUCGAUGGGAAACGAGCGCGGC